AUGGUAAUGCUCGACGUACACACAUGUCAUUAUUGUUUUGGUCUAAUGCGUGGUUCAAAUGAUGUAAUGUGUAAAUUCCCAUUCAAUCAUAAAGUAACAUUUUGUUUGUAUUAUCAAACUCCUGCACUACGACAUAUUAUCGACUUCUUUCGACCUGAUAUUAAACCAAAUAGUUUUCAGAGAUCACAAUCUGAAAUGAAUAUUGCUAGUGGUAUACCGAAAUUCUUUCCAUUAGCAAUGAUUCAAGAAGAAAAUAAUUCAUUUGUACGAGAUGAUACAAUGUUUAUAAAAAUCAUGGUUGAUUUUGGUGACAUACCGAAAAUAUUAUUAUCAUAUAUAUUGAGUUUGAAUCCUGGGUUACCCAUGCAUAUUCAACAAUUAAUGAUUAAACAAGAAACAGAACGACGAGCACAACAACAAUCUCAACAAGCACCUAUAUAA